CCUGUUCGUGUUGCGGCUAAGGGGGAGGGGACCGCGCGUUUGGGAGCCACGAUCCGGGCUCGGGUCUUUCGUUUCUCCGGGAUCUUCCCCGUGCGGUCGGGAUCUUCGGGGAGGCUGCGGCGAGAGCGGGGGCCCGCCGGCUUCCGAGCCCUCCGCGGCGUCGGGCCCUUGUUCCGUCUCCGGGGAUCUAGACUGAGCUGGGCAGGCAGCUCGGGCGAGGGGCGCGGAGGAGCCGGGACCCGGCCUGCGGGCGGGGCGGAACCGCCGCUGCUGCUGCCAGGGAGGCGGGGGGGCCGGGCCGCUCUGGAUGGUGGCGAAAAUGAUCAUAGAAAACUUCGAGGCUCUGAAAUCCUGGCUCAGCAAAACCUUGGAGCCCAUAUGUGAUGCAGAUCCCUCAGCCCUAGCUAAAUACGUUCUUGCCUUGGUAAAGAAGGAUAAAAGUGAGAAAGAGCUGAAGGCAUUAUGUGUUGAUCAGCUGGAUGUAUUUCUUCAGAAGGAGACCCAGAUAUUUGUUGAAAAACUUUUUGAUGCUGUGAAUACGAAGAGCUAUCUACCUCCGCCAGAGCAGCCCUCAUCAGGAAGCCUAAAAGUUGAAUUUUUUCAACACCAAGAAAAAGACAUAAAAAAGGAAGAGAUAAUUAAAGAGGAAGAGCGAGAAAAAAAGUUUUCUAGAAGACUAAAUCACAGCCCUCCUCAGUCAAGCUCUCGGUACCGAGAAACUAGAAGCCGUGAGGAAAGAAAAAAAGAUGAACGUUCUCGCAAGAGAGAUUAUGACCGUAACCCCCCUAGACGGGAUUCAUAUAGAGAUAGGUACAACAGAAGAAGAGGGCGGAGUCGGAGCUACAGCAGGAGUCGAAGCAGAAGUUGGAGUAAGGAACGAUUGCGGGACCGGGAUAGGGACAGGAGCAGGAGCAGAAGUAGAAGCAGAACACGAAGCAGAGAAAGAGAUUUGGGAAAGCCAAAAUAUGAUUUGGAUAGAACAGAUCCAUUAGAAAACAAUUAUACUCCAGUUCCAUCUGUAACAAACAUUUCAUCUGGCCAUUACCCUGUCCCUACGCUGAGUAGCACUAUUACAGUUAUUGCUCCUACUCAUCAUGGUAAUAACACUACUGAAAGUUGGUCAGAGUUCCACGAAGAACAGUUGGACCACAAUUCAUAUGGAAGACCUCCACUGCCAAAGAAACGCUGCAGAGAUUAUGAUGAAAAGGGUUUCUGUAUGAGAGGAGACAUGUGUCCCUUUGAUCAUGGAAGUGACCCAGUAGUUGUAGAAGAUGUGAAUCUUCCUGGCAUCCUGCCUUUUCCAGCACAGCCCCCUGUUGUUGAAGGACCACCUCCACCUGGACUUCCUCCCCCGCCACCAAUUUUAAGUCCUCCACCUGUUAAUCUUAGACCGCCAGUACCACCUCCAGGCCCUUUACCACCUAGUCUUCCACCUGUUACAGGACCACCUCCUCCACUUCCACCUUUACAACCUGCUGGCAUGGAUGCUCCUCCAAACUCAGCAACCAGUUCCGUUCCUACUGUUGUUACAACUGGUAUUCAUCACCAGCCACCUCCUGCUCCACCCUCUCUCUUUGCAACAGAAACAUAUGACACAGAUGCCUAUAAUCCUGAAGCUCCAAGUAUAACGAAUACUUCAAGGCCCAUGUACAGGCACAGAGUGCAUGCCCAAAGGCCUAAUUUGAUAGGACUUACAUCAGGUGAUAUGGAUCUGCCCCCCAGAGAAAAACCUCAGAAUAAAAACAGUAUGAGAAUUGUGGUGGAUUCUGAGUCCAGGAAAAGAUCAAUUGGUGCAGGAGAUGGAGGGAUUCCUACAAAGAAGGCUUGGUUUGACAAGCAAAACUUUAACAGAACAAACAAUCCAGGUUUCCAGAAGAAGGUGCAGUUUGGAAAUGAGAAUACGAAGCUUGAAUUGAGGAAAGUUCCUCCAGAACUUAACAAUAUCAGCAAACUUAAUGAGCACUUCAGCAAAUUUGGAAACUUAGUCAACUUACAGGUUGCCUAUCAUGGUGAUCCAGAAGGUGCCCUUAUCCAGUUUGCCACCCAUGAAGAAGCAAAGAAAGCUAUAUCAAGCACAGAAGCAGUAUUAAAUAAUCGCUUUAUUAAAGUCUAUUGGCAUCGAGAAGGCAGUGCUCCACAAAUGUCAGCUACCAUGCAAAAGGUAAUACAGCCUUUAGUUCAGCAACCCAGUUUACCAGUAGUGAAGCAGUCGGUCAAAGAGCGAUUAGGUCCUGUACCUGCAAGUAAUAUUGAGCCCACAGAGGCUCAGAGUGCCAGUACAGAAAUUGCUCAGAAUGUGACUAAAUUAUCUGUGAAAGAUAGACUGGGUUUUGUGUCAAAACUGCCUGCUCCAGCAACAGAGAAGGUAUUGUCCACGUCUACUGGCUUGACUAAAACUGUAUACAAUCCUGCUGCUUUGAAGGCAGCACAGAAAUCUUUGCCUGUUGUUUCCACUUCCAUUCUAGACUCUAAUGAAGCACAGAAGAAAAAACAGGAAGCACUAAGACUUCAACAAGAUGUGAGAAAGAAAAAACAGGAGAUCUUAGAAAAGCACAUUGAAACACAAAAGAUGCUGAUUUCAAAGUUGGAGAAGAAUAAACCCAUGAUGAAGUCAGAAGACAAAGCAGAAAUAAUGAAAACACUGGAGACUUUGACUAAUAGCAUUACCAAGUUAAAGGAUGAAUUAAAAGGUGUCUCAUCUGGAGGUGCUCCUCUGAAAAGCUUGAAAACUAAGGCUCAGAUGCAGAAAGAAUUACUGGAUACUGAGCUUGAUUUGUAUAAGAAGAUGCAGGCUGGGGAAGAAGUGGCUGAACUAAGAAGAAAGUACACAGAACUGCAGCUUGAAGCUGCCAAACGAGGGAUUCUUUCUUCAGGUCGUGGUAGAGGAAUUAAUGCACGAGGUCGGGGUGCAUCACGUAGCAGAGGCAGAGGAAUACGAGGCCGGGGUCGUGGAAGAGGGGUUCCAGGUCAUGCAGUAGUGGAUCAUCGACCGAGGGCACUGGAGAUCUCUGCAUUCACAGAAAGUGAUAGAGAAGAUCUUCUUCCUCAUUUUGCGCAAUAUGGUGAAAUUGAAGAUUGCCAGAUAGACGACUCUUCUCUCCAUGCAGUGAUUACUUUUAAGACAAGAGCAGAAGCUGAAGCUGCUGCUGUUCACGGAUCUCGAUUCAAAGGACAGGAUUUGAAGUUGGCAUGGAAUAAGCCAGUUAUUAAUAUGUCUGCUGUUGAAACAGAAGAAGCUGAACCAGAUGAAGAGGAAUUUCAGGAAGAAUCCUUGGUGGAUGAUUCAUUGCUUCAAGAUGAUGAUGAAGAGGAAGAGGAUAAUGAAUCUCGUUCAUGGAGAAGAUGAUUCAACUGAUUAGAGAAAGUGCUGGAACUGUACCUACAUUGCAUUAGUAUUACCUAAUGUACUUUUGCUUGUUUGUACUAAAAAGUUUUUUGGUAAAUGUGAUGAAGUUGGAUUUCAGAAAUAGACUAAAAAGCAGCUGAUCAAUCCUGUAUUUUGCCAGAUUCAUGUUUGAGUUUCAGUAAAUGAUUGCUAAAGACAUCUUAUUAGGAACAUAUGCAAUGUUUUUAUUACAUACUUCUCCUGAAAGUUAGAGAAUUCUUUGGAUUCUUUGUAAUUUAAUGAAUUGGUCAAAAAAAAAAAAAAGACCAAGAGUUGUUAUAACAUAGAUAAUUUUUGUUCUAUUCCAGAUAUGGAAUGAAAAUUUGCAUUUAAAAUCUUUGUGAAUGUUUUCAGAAAUGAAUAGAUAACAGUACUAAACUGAAGUCUCUAAAGUUAUGUAUUCAUAAUAUUGCAUAGUAGUAUGCUUAGGCUUUACUAUGUACUAGCCUUUUGUUGGAUUUGUGUACGUAUUUUACGUAUGGGUUUUAAUGAUACAGUGUAUGACUGCUUUGCAUAUAAGUCCUUAUGACUUUAAGAUGUUUAAAAAAAAAAUAAAGAAAUGGAAUGGUCUUAAAAAAAAAAAGAAAAAAAAAAGAAAAAAAGCAAUAACCAAAAAAGCUAAGACAAUGGUCCUUGAAAAUGGAAAAAAAUAAAAAAGGAAAGAAAAAGACCAUUCCAAAUGGUGACCCCCCCACCCCCAUACUCACAAGAGGAGCUAUAAUCACUGUCUUUUUUUUUUUUACAUCAGUGUCAUAUUGAAUAUAUAAAAAACUGAUAACUUGAAAUGUGAAGUCUCAUUUUUAGGUGAUAUACAAUUGUAUUUUAGUAUAUGGUUUUGCUGCAUAAAAGCCUUGGAAACAUAUUUUAAAUUUUAAAACUGAUAACGUAAUUUAAAUCAAAACUGCUUCAAAUAGAAUAACAUUUAAUGAAUAAGAAGAGCAUUUGUAUGCAUAUACUGUGGACCUAUAGAAGAAAACGUGAUCCCAUGAAGAUAUAUGUAUUAAAGAAACGUAACAGAAGAAUAUAUUAAGAAAAGUGAAUGGUAGGUAUUAUAGUCUUAAGAACUGUGAGCCUAUAUAUUAAUAUAUCUCCUUUGUCCUUGCAAAGAUUUUUUUUCCAUUUUAAAACUACAUUUGGCAAAAUGAUCAGUCCAUACUAUGGUCUGUUCAUUUAGUUCAUGUAUAAAUGUGGGAAAUUCUAAUCGAACUGUGAGCUUGCAGAAAUACUAAAUAUGCACUUUUUCACAGGAAACAAUGUUCUGCAUUGGUUUCCUAGGUGGUUCUCUUGUUAGCAGGGAAAAGACCGUAAGACUUAGCCCUGUAGAAAUAUGGAAACUCCUAUGCCCAAAAGGAAGUGUUUCAUAUCCCUUGAAGUAGCAUUCUGUCUCCUCCUCAGGUCUUUUGUAGGCAUAUCAGCUGUUGGAGCCUGGUGUAUCCCCCAACCCACAAAUAAAUGUAAUAUAAAUCCAAUACACCUCUCAUCAGACAGGUGCAGAAGUGGUAGUUGGAUCUCGUAAUAUUUUUCACUGUGCACUCUUCAUUUAUUUGGGAGCAAAUUACCGCCACCCCUUAAGUCUUUGCUUGGAACAUCGUUACUCUGCUGGCAGGCUUUUUAUUCGUAAGAUAAGAGAUGAAGGGAAAUGGAAGUAGUAUCAUCCCUGAGGUUAUAGUGUCCCUCAGCUUUCUAAAUCUGUGGUAUGAGGUUUUUUUCGUGUUAGUUCUGUAGACCUGAAUCCCAGUUCUUUUUCAGUGUGUGUAUGUAUGUGUGCGCACACCUUGUUGCAAAAAUGUGCUCUGUUUUUGUAUAGAGAUUAGUUUUAUAUUGAAAUUUCACAAUUGUCUGCUUGUAUGGUAACUUCUAAUGUUUAUCAUAGGGACUUGAACUGUUUAUUAGGGAAAUUGACUUUUUUACACUGAAUUUCAGGCAAAAUAAAUUAAUUUUAGAUCGUAUUUCUCCAGUGUUCUAAAUGAGCUAUUCUGGUUCAUUGAAUAAAUACAAACUUUUCAACUUUUAUUUUUUAAUUAUUUAGUACUUCUGAAGAGUGCCAGACUGAAAUGUUGGAGACUGAAGUUUUGUGUUUUUCCACAUAUCAGGUACUGCAGAUGAGGACUGUGCAUGCUCCCUAGACUGAGUAGUUUGUUCUGUGAUGAUGUAAUCUUCCUCUUCACUGACUUUCAGAUUAAGUGAAAGUUAGUGACACUUGUUAGGGUGUAGGUUUUUAUAUGGGUCCAUGUCCAAAGAAGCUGAAACUAGGUCACUUCACCUAGAUAUCAGAUGGUCACAACUUUUGGUGGUUGCUCAGUUGGACUGACUUCAAACUAGUGACACAGCUGUGUGAGAUUCCAUUUCCUAUUGAUCCCUGUGGUCAUCCUAUGAAAAAUUUAGGAUUAUGUGCCUCCAAAAUUAGGGUGAAAAUCAAAAAAUUGUUGCUGUAGUAUAUUUUGUACUCUGUCUGUCUUGUCGUAUCUCUUCCAGUUACUGAAAGAUACCAGAGUCACAAUGCUUCAGCUCACUUUCUCACACAUUAAAGAAAGAAGCACAGCCAUUUCAUCCUGCAACCAGUGUGCCACUGUUUGUGUUUAGUGCCCAGAGACCCCCCCAGUUAUAAUAGUAAUGAUUGAGUUCUGUACAGCAUAAAAGAAUAUAGACCCUUCCACAAUCUAAACUAGUUUCCCAUUUAUUUCUAAAUCGUUUUCACGCUGUCCUUUUUGCUUUUUGACACCUUAUGGUUUGCUCCAACUGAUAUGUCGUGUAUGUCUGCCAUCCUCCUGGUUCCUUCCUGUUGCCUAGAACCAGUGUCCUCUUUGUCCUUUCACACCGUCUGACUACUGUUGAAAGAGUCAUCACUUGAAGUCUCUCUCUUGGUGGAGCAUCCUUCUGUUUUUAUCUAACAAGCCAUACAUCUCACAACUUUCAUUCCCCUAUGAGUUGAUCCUCCUGAAUGUGAUUCUGCUCAUGUAUGCACGUGUGCUUAGCUAAAUUGCUCUGUUUUGUAUCCAACAGUUCUGCAAAUGAAUUUUGCUAAUCUGAAACACCGAGAAAGGUUACCUUGUUUUUUCCAGAAAACUUUUCCCAACUUCUAAGGAAAAAGGUAAAUUUUUCUUUCUUUAAGGUGCUCUUUUGUUAGAUGUUCAAUGACGAAGGACUUAAGACAGAAAAAUACAAAGCUAUAACUCACUGAAAACGUUGAUUUAAAAGAAAAUACCCCACAACUUCAAUAGGUUUCCUAACAGGAAGAGAAAGUCCAAGAAAUUGUAACUUGUCUUUGUCUCACAAACCAUGUACAAAAGACCUCCGGUGAGAGUUUUUUAAAUAGCUCUUAAAGCCAGGGUUAUAAAAAUUGAGUCACAGAAGGGGAGUAAAAUUAACAAGUGAAAACUUGGUUUAAAGCAUCAGGGAGAAAACAUUGUUGAUGUUGAAGAAUGACCUUUUGAAAUCUUUUCAGUAUUUAAACGUUUUAAUGUUUAAUGAACAUAUUUAUCCUCUAAGAUCUUGUAUGUACGGCAUGAGCAACAUCAGAGGAAGCCUCCUUGUACAGACCUGCUAAUAUAUCUUAACCUUGUUGUGAAGGACCCACUCCUAAAGGUGAAGUGGUAGCUUAAUCUUCAUAGAUUGGCCUUUCGCAUCUUUGCUCUGGUUGCAAACAAUAAUGCUCCUCUACUCAGUUGUGUUGUUGGUUUUGUAACAUGGAUAUUUGUCCACGAGGCAAAGCACAUCGAAAAGCCAUCAGAUACAAAGAAUUUUCAUUCUCCACUGAUAUGGCCCUGAUGUGAAUCAAUGACCUGGAAGUGAAAAGUCACACAGUUUAUUACCAGUUCCCUGACCCUUUUAAUCCCACUAAGGAUCUAAUAAAAAUUAUUCCAAAACCUCUUGUUAAUUUGCUUUUUGUUUUCUUUAUAGUUAGCUCACUUGAUAUCAUUGACUGGGAUUUUCGGAUUUUCUCCUGCUUCGGCCACAAAGUGAUCACAGGAACUGGCAUAAGUUUCCAUCAGUUCACCUCAUUUGCUGUAUUACUGAAUCGUCCAGGUGCAUUGGUUUUUUUUUUUUUUUUCCACCUUCCACCAUCAGCUACUGGCCACUGGAGAAGGCAGCAUAUUAGAUGUAACCCAGUACAGCGGAUCCUAUGUUACUCUUGUUAACCAGUUAAAUUACUGUGGGUAAAACAAAUGGAAUAAAUAGCACAGGAAUUUGAAGUUUCUUCAGAAAAUACAGGAGUUAAUUUAGAGAUCAUUACCCUAAUUUUGGUUCUAUUUAGCCUUCUGUUUCUUGAGUUGGAAUUAUGUUGAUUUUUACAGCAAGUGUGUUGCUGCUGUAGCAUCCCUAUUAUCAUCUUCACAUGCAGCUAUUUUAUUAAGACAAAGAAAAAAGAUUUCUUUUUGUAGUUCUUCAGAAGAAAUUUCAAGAUCAAUAUGGUGUACUAGCUUUUCUUUGAAAAAUCAAACUGAUUAUCUGAUUCUUUGUGGAAAUUAGCUCUUUAAGCAUUGUGAACCCCUGGUAUGGCUUAUGCAUGUAUCUUCAUAGGAUUUUUAAUAUGCUCAGCAGGAUUGCUGCCUGGAUACUAUGUUUAUUGGUGCUGUAUAAGUAUUAUAGAUCAUUUUUCAGCUUUUAUCCUUAAUGUCUUUUUCUGCAUCCUUCAUUUUAUUUUUAACCACAUUUUGAAUUUGUAUCCACCAAGUAUCAUGGAUUUUGCAUUUAUAAAUUUCACUUUAAUCAUUUAGACCUAAUUGUCAAGCAAACAUUUUGCAAGUCAUUUAUCUUUGUAUAUUUUUCCCAAUAGAUAAUUGCUUUGAAAUUCAUGCUGUCUGAGCUUUUAGCAUUUAUUAGAUAAUCAGAAGUUAUUUGAAUGUUAAUAUUGAAUUUUUUUCUUUUCUUUGUUCAGAUGAGUCAGGAUUUCAUUUUUCCAGUGGGCUUGUACUGCUGAGAGCCUAUUGAUGUCUUUGGAACUGCAUAUUACCUGAUCCUGUAUUACUUUGUUACUGACGUGGUCACAUGUUCCUGACUUCCACCGUACUCCAAUAGAGUAAUUCAGCUUUUUGCCUUUCUCUGACCAGGUUGUGCAAGAUUAGCUGCACAGGUGUAUGAAUAGUAUAUUACCCUUUCCUAUCAGCAGAUGGGGAGAGACAAAAUUGAGGAAGUCAUUCUUCAGACAUGAUUUCUCUUUUAAGAAGGAAGUAUCUAUUGCAGCAAUUUCCCUCAUACUUCAGCCUUUUUUGGAACAUAUAUUGGAAAAAUGUUUCUCGUGAAGUCACUAAUAAUAUUUCAUUUAUUCAAUCCAUUUUACAAAGACUAAUCCUCAGACCACCCCUCUGUUGUAGGUUGCUGACUCACAUGUGAAUUUUUGUUGGAAGCUUGUCAGCAAUUAAUUUUAUUAUAAAAAGUAGAUCUGUUUAUAUCACCAAAUCUAUUAAGAAAAAGGAGGACAUUAAACUAGAGGUAUUACCCCUCUUGAUAAGCAAUGGUAGGACUAUCUUUAACAACUCACUUUGAAGUGGAUUUCACAUGUAAUAAUCAAUCAUUUGGAUGCUGGUUCUUUUCAGGUCUUGGAUGGGCAUCAAAGCAGUUCCUCUGUUUUAUCAGUAAAUGGUGACUCAUGCUUUUCAUAGACUUCCAUAGUGCCCUUCGAACUGUAAAGGAAGAAGGAAGUGCUGUGAGAUUUCUCCAAAAUGUUUUCCUAAUCUUCAGCUAAGUGGAAGGUCUCUUUUCUCUGAGGCAAACUAAGACUUCUCUCUAUACAAUAAUUUGCUCUCUACAAUCUGUGAAACUUGUCUUAUCUCACUAAAGACUACAAAUUAUUCUUCAGUUUAUAUAGAAUUCUAUUUAAUAAAAAAUAUUUGAGCCAAAUUCUGUUUUCUGUGUGUGGAAAUAGAAGACAUUUGACAAAUAUGUAUCUUGAUAUGCAGUCCAUUUGGAUUGCAUGUAAAAGUCCAUAGUCUCGUGCCAAGAGAAUGCAUCAUCUUAAUUCACAUUUGCUAUAAGUGGGGUGUAGAAAAGUGCAGAAAUGCCUUAAGGGCACAAGAAUUCAUCCUGCAGAGCUUCUAAACUCUGCAGGACAGUGCUGUAUAAAAGCUGGGAAAGUAUUUCCAUUACAGCACCCUGUUUUUAACAUGGGAAGAAUGUUCUUUCAAAACAUUUUCAAGUCUCCUUCCUCUGAGGUUGUGAAACUUUUUUUUAUUAAGGCUCGGAUAAGGCACAGUGUUUUCUCAUUUGAAUGCUAGAGGGCACUAUAGGUACACAAGUGAAACUGCCAAAAAUUGGAAGUAAAAUGCUGUCAUUUCAAGCUAUUCCUGCUCAUACUAAUAUCUGCAGUUCUUGCAGAAGAUAGUGUCCGUUGCUACCAGGGAAACAGAAAUUCUAUUUUUGUGAAUGGGCACUGGUUACAUCUGCUUGUAUUUAAACACCAGUGAUCAAAUGUGGCCCCACAUAUUUAAAUCUGGAUAAGAUUGAGAAAUAUUCCCAUCUUGCAGGACACUUACCCUCUUCCUUUCUGUAAAUGAAUUUGUCUUUUUCUGAAGAGACCAUGAUGAAAACUGCAGUAAGAUAAUAGGCUAGGCAAUUGCCUCCAGUUAGUCAAGGCUUUUUGUAAACUAAUUAUUUAAUCAGCUGUAAGCCCGCCCUGGAGUAGAUACAUAUGCAGUGAGUGCAGAACUAAAAGUCACAUCCCAACCAGAAAUACGAUCUGUCUGUAUGUGCAGUUUUGUUGUAGCCCUGGUGGUCUCAGGAUAUUAAAGAAUCGAAGUGGAUGAGGUGAUAACUUUCAUUGGACCAACUUCUGUUGGUGAGAGAGACAAGCUUUUGAGUUUACACAGAGCUCUUCAUCAGCUCUGGGGAAUGUGCUCAGAACCACAGCUAAAUACAAGGUGGAACAGAUUGUUCAGCUAAGUAAUUAACACACAUUUCAAGGGAUCAUUCCAGGUGAAGUGGCCAGUUAACAUCUCUCCAGUCAUAGGGGAGAAAGGAGAAAAAGGUUGCGGGGAAGGCUGGGAAAGGAGAUUAUGGAUUGUAAUAAACCAUAAAUCGAGUGUCUUUAUUCAGUCCAUGAUUUUUGGUGGCUAGCAAAGUUAUGAAUUUAGGCUCCCUGGCUCAUCUUUUGAAGGUGUGCAGGUUUCUUUUGAGGAUGAGGACUGAGAGGUCACAUAUACAAUGAUUGCUUUGUGCAAAGUGUUUAUAUAAACCACACGGAAGGAACAAUGAGCCAGGCUACUGAUAUAAGGGAAAUCUCCAUCAACGUGGUCUCAGUUUUGUGGCAGACUGAUAUUUCUAAUUCUCUGGUUUAUUCUCUAGCUCCACUUGGUUUCAGGAACCCUACAUGCUGGGACUGGUACAAAGCAAUUUACAGGAACCAAAUUUUCAGGUAUAAAAUACCCAUUUUUUGAGUAGAUGUAGGCUUGAAUUCCACUUAGGCGUGUGUGUGUGCCCAAUGCACUGGAGCGGGAGAAUUUUGCUUAGUAGUACCUGUAAGAGGUGAUGCUCGUAUACCCUCCUUUGGCUAUAUGAGGUGGUGCUGCCUUGACCACCCCCCAUUUCGUCAACUCUGGUCCGGCUCUGGGGUGUCUGUUCAGUCCCGUACCAACGAGGGCCAUGCCAGCACUGGCUGUUUCUGUGCUAGCAGUGUAUCAGGAAGCAAUGGUACUCUGCUUUUAUGUCCUGACCCCUCCCUGGGCCCAGGAGUUUUCCAGGGCGGUGUCAUUUGUAGUGCCAUUGCCUGGAUGGACUGUUGAACCAGUGGGUCUGUCAGCACUGCACACCAGUGUUUCCCUUCCAGUCAGUGAAAGUGAUGCCGAUGCCAGGCCCAAAGGACCACCUUAGCAUCGGGAACUUCCUCAGCACCCUGCUGUUCGUGCUGCUGAUGUUACUGUGACAGCACUCACCACCUUCCAUUUUGACAUCAAGUCACGUCAGUACCACUGCUGAUUUCGAGGUCAACUGCUUCUGGCACCAGAAACAAUGGUUGUGUACUUGGUGCCGGGAGUACCAGUUCCACCAUCAGUGCCCGAUCUCUCCAUUCUAGGCUAUGGAUGAGGCAGACCAGUUGCUCAUACCCUCAGGGCUGGCUCCACCCUUUAUCCUCUGAAGCGUCGGAUUCCUUGGUGUCCAGGUUGGGAUCUUCCUCCUCCUGUUCUCCGUCACCUGACCCACAUUGAGGGCUAUUCAUGGAGCUCUGUGAGUACCAGCAUUGACAGUCGUCUAGCAUUCGGGACAGGGGUCCCUGGCCCAGUGCCUAAUGGCCACUACUAGUGAUCUCCAUGGCAUCCAGGGGACACUCCUUGGUUGUGGAAGUCCCACUCCUCAUCUUGCUCUAAGGUGAGAUCUCCGAGCAGGCCUGUGUCUGUCAAUUUGCUGCAGGCCCAGGCACUGCUGAACCUUCCCUCAUCGAGUCUUCAGAGUCUUCCUGUCCAGAUCUGUCAGUCCUGGACCAGGAUCCGGCUCUGGCACAGUUAAUAGAUUUGUCUUCAUCCCUAGACAAUUCUGCAAUGCCUGGCUCUUCCUCUCCUUCCGUACAGGAGGAUUUCAAGGCAUAUGAAGACCAUUUGCAGCAUGUGACUGCUUCCCUGAGUAUUCAAGUGGAGUUCCUGCAGGAGAAUACCUGUACAUUAUUGGAUAUCCAGCAGCAUCUGUCCUGGGAGAGUCAUACUCCCUAUUAACAAUAUGCUCCUAGAGCCUGCUAAGGUUCUGUGGAGCACGCUGGCUUCAGUACCAUCUACUGUGAAGCAGUUGGAGAAACACUACUUCGUUCUGGUGCACCCAACCCCAGAUUCCCUUACUGUAAUAAUGGUGAACAAUAGAGCCCAGCAAUGAAAAUUUAAAUCAACUUCUAAGUAUAAAGCCUCUAAACAGAUGGACCUGAUAGGUAAGAAGAUGUACACCACCUCUUCUUUUCAGAUGCAGAUUGUAAAUAACCAGGCAUUGCUAUCCAAAUACAACUUUGUGAACUGGACAGCAGUGUCUAACUUUGCAGACCAGCUGUCCAAAGCCUUGAGGGAGGAAUAUCAGAUGGUUAUUGCCAAUGGCUGCUUGGUGGCUAACGUCAUUGCAGUCUACGCUGGACAUCGUGUAUACUUUGGCCAGAAUGAUGGCCUCAGCAAUGACCAAGAGAAGGGCAUUCUGGCUGCAGAAUUUGAGUAUUGCUCCUGAUGUGCAGCAAAAUAGAUAGUAUUUGCCCUUUGAUGUCUGAAUGCUUUUUUGGACAAGAUAGAUAGGACUCUGCAUUCCUCCAGGGGUUCUAGGGCUACCCUGUAGCCCUUAGAUGUGUCCAUGCCAGGAGUGCAGAGAUGCCACUAUAGUGGUCAUCAGCAGCAUUAUGGUAUUUGGGCAGCCUUUCCCUCCCUCAAGACAAUGGGACUAUCCCAGAAAGGUGCAUAGGUCCAAGCUGAAGAGGCAUUUGGGUACAGGGUUUGGCCAGUUGACAUGCUUUCCCCACCGGCACUUCCCAAGUGCCCAUUUUGACUCCCUGAUCCAGAGCAGUGGUCUAGUCGUGGCUCCUUUUUUCCCCAUCCCCUCUGUUUGGGACAGGCUGGCUUGCUUGCUUUCACUGUGCUUUGGUCUCAGUCUCCACGGACAGCUAGGUCCUAAACACCAUCAGAUUGGGCUAUGCCAUCCAGUUCCUUUCCUUCCCUCGCUGUCCCUCUUCAGGGACCCCUCUCAUGAGAUACUUCUCUUCAAGCAGGUCUGCUCUCUACUGGCUUUGGGAGCAGUGGAGGAGAUUCUCCUGGAACCCCAGGGUCACAGCUAUUCCUGGUAUUUUCUGGUGUCCAAAUCCAAGGGAAGUAUAAGACCAACUUUUGACCUUCACGGCCUCAACAAAUAUAUCAGAUACAUGAGAUUCUGACUGUCCUCCCAACAUUGCCUCAGAAUGGCUGUUUUGCUGUUCUGGGCCUUAAGGACACCUGUUUUCAUCCAGCCCUUACCAACUAGGUCUGUUGUCACCAAUGCCUCCUUGAUGGGCUGGAGAGCACAUCUGGGGUUGCUGAAAGUUCAGGGUCAUGGUCAGAACAGGAGGCCUCACUGCAUAUCAACAUGCUGGAGCUUCAGGGCAUUCACAAUGCCUGUCACAUUUCUCUGGACCAUAUUGGGCUCAGUGGUUCACAUACUUACCGUCAAUAUCACCGUGAUGUAUUAUGAACAGGCAAAGGAGAGCAUACUACAGGGUGCUCUGCCAAGAGGCAAUCAGGUUGUGACAGUUCUACAUUGAGGAAAGUAUCACUCUGGUAACUGAUCACUUGCUUGGGGUACAGAAUCAUCUUAUGGACCAUCUCAGCAGGAACUUUCUCCUGUGUCAUAAAUGGUCCCUGAAGCCAAGUGUCCUCUGGGUCAUCUUGGGGCAUUCCGACAAUUGACUUGUUUGCUCCAAGGAACAGCAAGAAAUGUCAUCCGUUCUGCUCUCAAGGGGGGCCUCAGUCUGGGUUUCCUGUCUGUCACUUUCCACCUUAGCUGGCAGUUGGCUGUCCUGUAUGCUUUCCCCCCAAACCCUAUCAUCCCACAGGUUGUUGGUCAAGCUGAAGGUGGAUCGGGUCGAGCUCAUUGUCAUUGCCCUGGCAUGGUUGAGGCAGUGCUGGUGAUGUCUAGCCUUUUAUCUGGACAGGAUUAAACUGUUGCAUGCUUUGCCUUGCCUUUUUUUUUGUCAUAUGCAGAUCGCAUGAAGGCACAAGUGGUCUCUUCUCAGAUCUCUAAAAUGGAUAACAUUCUGUAUCAAGACUGUAUAUGAAAUCACUUUGGCUACACCUGAUCAGGUGCGAGCUCAUUCUAUGAGAAUGCAAGCACUGUCAAUAGCGUUCUUCAGUGGCGUCUCAAUAUUGAACAUUUGCAGGGCUGCUACGUGGCCGUCCAUCCAUACAUUACGAACCACUAUGCCAUUACUAUAUCUGCCAGAGCGGAUGCAAAUUUUGGUAGGAUGGUGCUGCAAUCCUUGGUUAGUUAGACUCUAAGCCCUGCUUCCUGGGGUGGGUACUGCUUGUGCGUCACCUAUGUGGAAUACAUGGUUGCAUCUACUCGAAAAAGAAGAAACCACAGUUACUUACUAUUACUAUGAUUCUUCUUCGAGUAGUGUCCCUAUGGGUGCUCCACUCUAGGUGCAUUUGCAUCCUGUGCUCCUCAGAUUGGAGAUUUUAGAUAGCACUGUCCAUUUGGCCCAUGCAUGUGCUCUACCCAUCUCGUGCCCUUCACCAGGGCUAUAUAACGCUGCAUGGAUGAACUACUGUUAGUUCUUUCUCAACUGCCCCAGCCUGAGACAGAGCUUGAGCAGCGUCCAAGUUGAGAUUAUAUCAGCUGUAUUUUUUUCUCUUGUUCGUGAUAGGGUUAGUUCCUAGAGUUUCCAUUAGUUGGUGGUAGUAAUCCUUUUGUUUCUUUCUUUAGUUUAUGAACAAAAGUACGGCAAAAUCUAAAUAUUUUUCUUAUUAGGAUAGUAGCUGUUGCCCAUCCAUCUAUUUUUUUUUUUAAUUUAUUCCCUUCAGGGGAAUUGAAAGCAGAUUUAAAGGUUGUCUUUCAUGCCAAGAGGCUAUCCCGGUCAGUGAGGGACAUUCCCACUGUAUAGUCUCUUGGGGAAUCACAUGUCCCUCAGAAGUCUAAUUUCUGCCUUAAAUGAAAGUCGAGAGCCAGAAAGAACCAAGAACUGAAACCGCUUCUACUUAAGAUGGAGAGUUUGCUCUGACCAACUUCUGACCCAGAGACCUCCCUCGCGCACAACGGCCCCUGGCUAGGUCGACCAUGUCAACUUCCUUGACAAAACACUUCUCUAGAGGUUCAAAGAUCAAAUCAAUGGAAUCCUCUCAAAAACACUCUAGGAAGCGGGCUUCAAAUCCCUUGGGUAGAGAAUUUUCACGGAGACAAUCUCAGGCCAGAUCUACCACUUCAGCAUCCACUGCUCUCGGACUCAGUACCCACGAGGCUGAAGGCUUCUCAAGUACCUCUACCACCAGUAAGCCUGAGGAUUCUGCAUUCAGGCUCUGGAAGCUCAGUUACCAUCAGUUGAACAGAGGUGGUAGAGAGAGAACUACAGUUACACUAAGUAACCAUUUCUUAACUCUCGUGACGCUUCUGCGAAUGUUGCACUAUGCAGUAACAUGACAUAAAUUCAUUCAGAUGUUGCUGUUCUAUGUAACCUGGUUCUCCACUGAUCUCUACCUUUUGGAGUUCCAAAUAUGUACCGUGCAACAUGGACUCAGAACCUUUGAAAACAUGACUAGAUCUGCAGCACAGAGAAUCUCUUUAAAGGAGUCAUGACUGAUCUCACCUUUCAGUUCCUGUUUUCUUACCUUUUGCUGUUAGACUUGAAAUUGUUGGUGUAUUACCAGGAUGAUAUUUCUCUUGAUCCAAAUAAAUCAGGUGUGUGGAGCUUGGUGUACACAUUCAUUGAGCAUUAACAGUUUUUUAACAUGGCCUCUAUGUUUCUCCAUAUGCCCCCCAGGCUUCACUCAGCUUCAGCAAACUUCUAUAAAAGCAGUGUCCUUUCUGGCAGCCAACAGCAAAAAAUGAAUGUAUAAUACACCACCAGUGGAACUGCACCAGUGAUAGCAGGGAUAGAAGCUGUAAUAUAAAAAGGACUAAGGAUUUUUUUUUCCCACAGUUUAACUUUGCUCAGAGAUUCCUUAAGGGACUAGUUAAUGUCUUUAAACUAGUCAGACUAUUGUGCUCAGUAUUCCAGUUUAUAUUGUAAGGCACUUUCAGUACGUUUUAUGUUUUUUUUUCCUUUCUUUUACAGCAUCCAGCACAGUGUUUGGGUGUCUCAGUAGUAUAUUACUACUAAUAAAAUUUGUGCUGCAAAAAGUGAUCUCAACUUGGGUAGCAAAGAGAGUAACGAGUGGAAUGUAACUUGAUAGAAAAUAGGGGUAUGAGUAGACCGAUCAAAAGGGAGGCCAUGUAUGGAAAAAGCUAUGGCCCACUUUUCUCUCUCUUCUGUGAGAUGGCAACUUCCAUGAUGCAAGGCAAAAGCUAUUCAACCAUGUAAAAUUUGAAACUUCAACAGAUUUCUUAGCUAUUUUUGUUUCUGAACUUCUCUGAUAUCCUGUGUUCAUGUACACUCAUGCAUCCUUUGCUUUAAUGUUUAAUGUAUAAUCUCUGUCCUCUUGAGAAUAUAAUAGAUAAAAAUGAUGUAGCUCUUUGAAGGCAGAAUAAGGAGCUUCCCUGGUAAUUCUUAUUUCUGCUUACAAAGCAUUUCUGUUCACUACACUGAUAUGUUCUUGAGUUUUUGAGUUUUUGACUUUGCCCUAGUUGCUCCCAAAGACCCACCACAGAUAACAAAAUUCAUCAUGUGCAAUGCAGCUGGAAUUCUCAGAGGUCAAUUCAUCAGUUUCCCACACUUCUUUUUUUUUCAUUUUUGUCAUUUUAUGGUCUUGCCAUUUUAACACGUAUGUCUGCGAUUCCUUAUGGUAGUGUUUGUGUUCCUACUUAAGAGCCUCUUUCAUGCAACGUAAAUAACUUCCUGUAUAAUCUCCCAUGAACAAAGGUUAGACUCUCAAUGGUUCAGUAAUUGCAGUCUUGAGGAUCUUGGGAAUAAAUUGCGCAUGCACAUACAAUCGAGGAGAAUGUUGGGUCAUACUUUAAAUCUUGCAGCCUUAAUUUUUGCCAGAUCAGGAUAAAAUCAAGGUAACACAGUGCCCAAAUUCUGUGCUCAACUGCAAUAAGACUGUCUACUGGCCUGAUAACUUACUGUAUGGAUCUGAUGCCCAGGGCCAUGGGUUCUCAACCUGGAGGCCAUGAGAAUAGGUCUAUAGGGGUCAUGACCAUCUCUCUCCCCCCAUCCCCCAUGGCUAAAUGGACAGAAGCCUUUUUCCUCUUUUGAUGUAGGAUUGCAAUAUGAAAAAAGUUGAGAAUCACUGACCAAAGCAAUAUUAUGUCAUACUUUUACUGUGAUCUUAAAAAACACAAUUGAGAUUCUUGUUGGCAGCGUCAGUAAACAGGCCAAGGAUUCAAUUAAUAUGGGUUCCGAGCCUAGUCUUUAGACCUACUGGUAGUCUUUCAAAAUUAGUAAGGUAUAUUUAUAUGGAGUGGAGGAGGAGGCUAGUACUGCUGUCUCCAGAGAGAUUGAUUCCUCUCGUUUCUGAAAAACUAAAAUUUGCAUUAAAAUGCUAAAUAAAUUCUUGCUGAGUCUUUCUGCUGUAAAGAAACCUGCAUACAGGGCUAUGAACUACUGAACUUUGGCUGCUUUUCAUCUCAUAAAAUUUCACUUUUGUCAAUUGAUAAAGC